UAACCUCUGUGACCUUCGCAUUCAUCUCGAAUCUCUGCCGCAGUUGUCAACCGGGUCCAUAAAUAUUUACCGUGCGUAAAAUGUGAGAAAUGUUCUCGGGAAGUGAUUCCACCGAGUCGCAGAACUACACGCAAUGGCCCCUGAAUGCGUCCGCGUAUCAGAGCAUGCAGAACGAGCAAGUCGACUGGGCGGCGUUGGCCCAUCAAUGGAUCAAGAUGAAGGAGGCAGGGCCGCCGCUUCCGGACAAGUUGCUGACGGCGCCGCCUCCGCCGGUGAUCAGCACGCCGUCGACAACCAAAGGCGAAGCGCCCAUGGACGUUGAAAACGACUCAGACUCGAAUAACAUGGGUUCGGAUUCGAAUGAUGGUCCAAACUGGAGCACCCAACAACAACAAGCACCAAAUAAUUGGAAUUCAUGGGGUGGCAGUGCUUGGCCACCUACCAUUUCGUCUUUACCUAUGAAUAAAGCACCUUUGCUUCCAACUCCUGCUUAUAAUGCUUAUACAACAAGUACAACUGCAAAAGAUGAGCAAUUUAGUGGUAAUACAGGAUAUUGGUCUGGAAAUGGCAGCCCGAAUGCACGAUCUUCUUCAGCAGCUCCAAGAAUAAUGAAACCGCAUAACAAACGCUUUAGUAAAGUGAAUAUUCCGCUUAAAACAGCCCCACAUCCACCACAUCUAACUUCGAGUGUGAAUACCAUUCAACCUGGUGAAGCUUCACCACCUACGAUUGAUGCAAACAAAAGGAAACAACUUCCUGCGUGGAUACGCGAAGGUCUCGAGAAGAUGGAGCGCGAUAAACUUAAACAAAUGGAUAAAUAUCGCGUUAGGGAUCAGUUUGAUGAUGUUGACGAGGAGAAAAAUCGACUUAGAGAGGACGCCAUGGAAAUACUGAAGAGUACCGUGCGAGAAAAUGAAAAAUUAGUCAAACCAUUGAGUGAUUAUGGUAAUGGUUCUCCACUGAAUGACAGCGAAGAUGAUGAAGAAAGGAGCCCAGUGGCGCCCCCACCGCCACAAAUCACCGAUCGUGUCCCAAUUGUGUUAACCCACGAAGAAAUGAUGUUAAAAGUGCGACGUACAAUGACGGAGAUUCUUCUAAAGGUAACAAAUCGUGAAAUAGCGCAGAUCUGUAAAGAGGAACAGCAACGGCACGUAAGGAAACUGAAAGCCGUUGAUCAGCACGUAACAGCACCCAGCGCAGGUGCGAACCUAAGUGCCAGGCUCGGGCUGGGUGCGUAUGAUGGAUCAGGAGAGAGCAGUGAUGAGGGUGGCGGGGAGGACGAAAAGACCGAAGUUGACUCGGAUAAUGAACUCAAAGAUAUAAUAAAACGACGAAAAGAAGAGUUUGAGAAGACAGAACGUGAGAUUGAGAACAGACUGGCUGAAGCAGAGGCUGAAAAAGAUGGCGACGCGGGUAAACCCCGACGUGAGAGUCCCGAAAGUACAGAUUCUUCAAAAAAUUCACCGCCGGAAAAAACCCAAGAUCGUCGUUCCCAUACCCCGAAACCAACCAGAAGAGUACAAAAACGUUCAACAGCGCCAUCUAGCAGUCGGUCGUCCUCCCGCUCGAGCUCUUCAUCAUCCGAACGCCGUUAUCGCCGAGAUCGUCGCCGACGCUCGCCGUCAAUCACCAAACGACGCUCUUCCACGCGUCGCAAAUCACGCAGCCGAUCUAGAUCGCGAUCGAAUCGCAGCAGUUAUCGCAGUGACCGCCGCAGCAGCCGACGGUCGCGGUCACGCAGCCGUCGCCGUCGGUCGCGCUCACGCUCGUACGACGCCGGUAGGGGUAAGAGGUCCCAUAAGCAUUGAAAACGAUGUUGAUUGCGCGAACAUUGCCCAAGGUUACAGUUACACGCCCAGGUUGUAUACAAAUCCAAGCAUGUGACAUUCACCUCUGAGUGAGCGCCGCACGCGAAUCACUCAGAGUCGUGAAUUGUCGGCGAGAAUCGGAAAUAACUUGCGUUUUGUCUUCCUUAGGUGUUUUUUUUUUGAUUCCACUGCGGACCUGGAUUAAGUCUUCACAAGUAGGAUUUUUCAGCUUACGAUAAACUAGUUUAAAAAUAUUGUAAUAAUUAAUUUAUAAUAUAACAAAACGUUCAUUCAUUUAAAAAAUCA